UUCAUGGGUGGGUGAUCUUGGUGCCGCUUGGCACCUACAUGUCAGUUCGUUCUGAGCACUGAUGCUGUCGUCCAUAAACACGUCCGGUAGGCAAACAAAUUUUCUGAUAUUUUUAAAGCAGAUUUUAUUUAGAGGCGGUGCUUGUAGGUUCCAGAAUAGCGUCGCAACGACACUUUUUUCCACCCCAGUCAAAAGUGUUUGACCAGGAGCAGAGUUGGAGCCGGGGGUCGACUGAUCGGGGGGCGGUGAUUGCUGGGGUUUUUUUUGCAUUUUUUCUUUUCUUUUUAUUUUAUUUUUGCAUUUUCUUUUGGAUUUUUUUCUUCCAGUUUUAUGUUCACAUUAGCAUUUCUUUUGGAUCAUGAACAAACUGUACAUCGGGAAUCUGAGCCCGUCGGUCACCGUCGAGGACUUGAAGCAGCUCUUUGGCGAGAGGAAGCUUCCCCUGACCGACCAGGUUCUGCUCAAAUCCGGCUAUGCCUUCGUGGAUUUUCCCGACCAAAACUGGGCAAUAAAAGCUAUUGAGACUUUGUCAGGAAAAGUUGAAUUACACGGGAAGGUGAUUGAGGUAGACUACUCUGUUCCCAAAAAACUAAGGAGUCGGAAGAUCCAGAUUCGGAACAUUCCCCCUCACCUGCAGUGGGAGGUUUUGGAUGGCCUUUUAGCACAGUACGGUACUGUAGAAAACGUGGAACAAGUUAACACUGACACAGAAACAGCAGUGGUGAAUGUCACAUACGCUACAAAGGAGGAGGCGAAAGUGGCGAUUGAGAAGCUGACGGGACACCAGUUCGAGGACUACUCCUUCAGGGUGUCGUACAUCCUGGACGCAGACGCGGCCCCAGCCCCCCAGACCCCGCGGGUGCGGCGAGGGGGGCGGCCGGCGCGGGACCCGGACGCCCCCCAGCCCGGCCCCUCGGGAAGCUUCGGGGGGACCCGGCACAAGCAGCCGGACUUCCCCCUGCGCAUCCUGGUCCCCACGCAGUUUGUCGGCGCCAUCAUCGGCAAAGAGGGGCUCACCAUCAAAAACGUCACCAAGCAGACCCAGUCCAAGGUGGACAUCCACCGGAAGGAGAACGCGGGCGCGGCGGAGAAGCCGGUCACCAUCCACUCCACCCCCGAGGGCUGCUCCUCUGCCUGCCGCAUGAUCCUGGACAUCAUGCAGAAGGAGGCCAACGAGACCAAGACAGCCGAGGAGGUCCCUCUGAAAAUCUUGGCUCACAACAGCCUGGUUGGGAGGCUGAUCGGGAAGGAGGGCCGGAACCUGAAGAAGAUUGAACAGGAGACAGGGACCAAAAUCACCAUCUCCUCUUUACAGGACUUAACCAUUUACAACCCGGAGCGGACCAUCACGGUGAAGGGCAGCAUCGAGGCCUGCUGCCGGGCGGAGGAGGACAUCAUGAGGAAGCUGAGAGAAGCCUAUGAGAACGACGUCGCUGCUAUAAACCAACAAGCCAACCUUAUCCCGGGGCUCAGCCUGAACGCCUUGGGCAUCUUCUCCUCGGGCCUGUCCGUCUUGUCCCCAACGGCCGGACCACGUGGAGCGGCCUCCACGCCCCCCGCCAGCUACAGCCCCUUUCUAGGUCACUCGUCACAUCUGGGUGGGCUGUACGGGGUGCCUCCUGCCAGUGCUGUGUCCCUCCAGCACUCAGCUCCCGAGCAGGAAGUGGUCUACCUCUUUAUUCCGUCUCAGGCCGUCGGGGCGCUCAUCGGCAAGAAAGGCCAGCACAUCAAGCAGCUCGCCCGCUUUGCUGGAGCCUCCAUCAAGAUCGCCCCGGCGGAAAGUCCCGACGCGUCUGAGAGAAUGGUCAUAAUCACAGGUCCCCCUGAGGCUCAGUUCAAGGCUCAGGGUAGGAUAUUCGGAAAGCUGAAAGAGGAGAACUUCUUCACAGCGAAGGAGGAGGUGAAACUGGAGACGCAUAUCAAAGUGCCCUCAUCUGCAGCCGGACGAGUCAUCGGCAAGGGAGGAAAAACGGUCAACGAGCUACAGAACCUCACCAGCGCGGAGGUCAUUGUGCCGAGGGACCAAACUCCAGAUGAGAACGACGAAGUCUUUGUUAAAAUUAUCGGGCAUUUCUUUGCCAGCCAGACUGCACAGCGAAAGAUCAGGGAGAUAAUUCAGCAGGUCAAACAGCAGGAACAGAAGCACCAGCAGGGAGCUCCCUCGCCGCACCACUCCAAGUGACCAGCAGGGCGGCGCCAGUG